UCUCAUUCAUCCCAAGCCUUUAUCCGUCAUUUCAUUCAUUCUCUCUCUCUCUCUCUCUCUGAGAAAUCGAAAUUCGAAACCCUAGAAAUUCAUCAUCCAGAAUCUGAACAAUUCCCAAAUCGAACCUCUAGAUUCUCUCAUCAAACCCCACUUCGCUCACCUCAAUUUCACCCAUCGAUCCCGAUCCUGAUACGGUGGCUCGCGCAUGGGUAAGAUUCUCCGAGAAACCGCGAGGCCAUCUUCCUCCAGUUCCGCCCACCCAUCAUCCUCUUCCGAUCCGGCGACGACCUCGUCGACGUCGAUAACCGAGACGGUGAGAGGCUCCCACCAGUUCAAGAUCACCGGGUACUCGCUCUCCAAGGGAAUCGGGAUCGGGAAGUACAUAGCUUCCGAUAUUUUCACGGUGGGUGGGUACGAUUGGGCGAUUUAUUUCUACCCUGAUGGGAAGAGCCCUGAGGACAAUGCCUCCUAUGUUUCCCUCUUCAUCGCGCUUGCCAGCGACGGCACCGACGUUAGGGCGCUUUUCGAGUUGACCCUUUUGGAUCAGAGUGGCAACGAGAGGCAUAAGGUGCAUAGCCAUUUCGAGAGGACUCUUGAAAGCGGGCCUUACACCUUGAAAUACCGCGGUAGUAUGUGGGGUUACAAGCGGUUUUUUAAGAGAACAGCUCUAGAGACAUCGGACUACCUUAAAGAUGAUUGCCUUAAUGUGAAUUGUAGUGUUGGUGUUGUGAGGUCUUUUACGGAAGGCCCUAAAAUCUAUUCCAUAGCAAUACCGCCUUCUAACUUUGGUCAGCAAUUUGGGCAAUUGCUGGAAAGUAGUAAAGGAAGUGAUGUUAGUUUUGAAGUGAAUGAGGAAAUGUUUGAUGCUCAUAAAUUGGUGCUAGCAGCUCGAUCACCUGUUUUCAGAGCCCAGCUUUUUGGUCCUAUGAAAGAUCACAAUACCCACUGUAUUAAAGUUGAAGACAUGGAGGCUCCAGUUUUUAAGGCAUUGCUUCAUUUUAUAUACUGGGACUCCCUACCUGACAUGCAGGAGCUUACUGGGUUGAAUACCAAAUGGGCAACGACCUUGAUGGCUCAGCAUCUUCUAGCAGCAGCUGAUCGCUAUGGCUUAGAGAGACUUAGACUGAUGUGUGAAGCAAGUCUCUGUGAAGAUGUUGCAAUAAAUACUGUGGCUACAACUUUAGCCUUGGCAGAGCAGCACCAUUGUUUCAAGCUUAAAGCAGUCUGUCUCAAGUUCAUUGCUAGCUCCGAAAAUCUCAGAGCUGUGAUGCAAACUGAUGGAUUUGAGUACUUGAAGGAAAGCUGUCCCUCUGUGCUGACUGAGCUGUUGGAGUACGUGGCUAGAUUUACUGAGCAUUCGGACUUUAUGUGCAAACAUAGGAAUGAAGCAAAUCUUGAUGGCAGCGACAUUAAUGGGAGGCGGGUGAAGCAAAGACUUUAGUGUGAACAGCUUUCUGUUUAACCCUCUUCCCCGAGAGCAGCCAUAGUUAGCGGGAGAUGAUAGUCUUUUAUAGGAUUAGGGGCAAUUGUUAAUCUUCUUGGCUUAUUCAUGUGUAACUGUGUAAGAGGUGUAAAUGUAAUUUGUGCUGGUGCUGUUAUGUUUGAUUGACGUAGGUUUCUGUAAUAUCUGAAGUAUUUCGUGGAAUAACAUUUGUCUGAAAAUCACUGCUCCUUUGUUUCUGGAUUCUUUUACUUUAAUAUUCUAUUCUGUAUGGUUCUUCAA